AUGUCCCUCGCUGCACACGUUGGUCUAUUUGCAGGUGGCGUACUUCUAGGUGCGGGUGGUGCUACGAUUUGGGCACGUCGAUCGCCGGCGUCUUCACCACAAGCCUCACCCGUGGUGUCGACAACUUCGCCUACACCGACGGUGAAGGCGCCUUCCUCUUCGCCUGCCGCGGUUGUGCCUCCGUCAGCAGCGAGUGUCUCAGAUGCACUUCUUUUAUCCGGACAUCCAGGACCAGUUGCAGACUUUUUCCAGCAACAAGCAUAUGUGACCGCUUACGAUCGUCGUAUGCGGCAUCCAAGCUGGACAGCCGAGCACCUGACGGCAGAAUCCAUCAGGCGACCGCCAGGCACCGAUGCAAAUCGUUCACAGUCGAUUUUUGCAGAGGACGUGCGACUACCAGCCAUGUUCCGAGCUACAAAUAAAGAUUAUUUCCGUUCGGGCUAUGAUCGGGGCCAUAUGGUCCCGGCUGCUGAUGCCAAGUCGAGCCAGGAUGCAAUGAACGAGACAUUCUUACUCACAAACAUUGCACCACAAGUGGGACCAGGGAUGAAUCGCGACUACUGGGCACAUACAGAAGACUUUGUACGCCGACUGACGUCACAAUUCAAGGACUUGUACGUGUUUACAGUGCCGCUUUAUCUUCCACGCCAGUCCAUGGACGGCAAAUGGCGGGUGUCAUACGAGGUCAUUGGUACACCACCGAAUGUGUCAGUACCAACGCACUUUGCGAAGGUGAUCCUGGGCUCUGGCCAUAUGUCGGGUAUGCCAGGAGGCCUGGGCAUGGGUCUGGGCACAACCCACAACAGCGCUUUGGCCCUAGGCGCUUUCAUUAUGCCGAACAGCAUGAUCCCGGACUCUGCUCCAUUGCGAAGCUUCGAGGUUGAUGUGGAUGCUGUGGAACGUGCCGCUGGCCUUACACUGUUUCCAGCAGCGAUCAAAAAGAGUGCCAAGAAGCUGUGUGAUACUGUCAAAUGUGAAAUUGUAGUGCGUGACUUUUCAGAUGCUGCCAAGGCGCUGCCGAAACCAGCUCGUACCCCAUAG